UCACUGUCACUCUGACAGCUGUCACUUGAAAUUGUAAAUAGUGUUUUACCAAACAAUGUAAGAAAAAUACAAUGAGAGUGUCUUUGCUGGGUUUCGUGUUGGUCGUGUGCGUGGUGCGGCAGUCGUGGGGGUACAAGGAGCUGAGCAUGGAGAACGACGAGUUGUGUUCGCCUAUAAACAAGAAACGUCGGGUCCGACUGGACAAGGGGCACCGGUCGGGGCUCGUGGUGCGCCAGUUCCGGCUGCAGGACCACAGUUUAGACUGGACUAGGAACUUCAAAUGUCGGUUCGAAGUCACUCCUUCGAGCUCGCGCGAGGGCGUAAUAGCUGUGAUACAACACUUGAGUUUUCGCAAGAAUGCCUCCACGGAUGAGUGCGUGGACUACGUGCAAUUCACGCGGAAAGACGGCUCCUCGAGCCAGAAGUACUGUGGGCGGUUCAACGCCGCCCUCUACAUGGACCACAACUUCGUGAAUACGGCCGAUCCCAUCUCGUCCGGGACGGCGUUCGUGGACGACAGCGGGGAGCUGGAGGUGGCCAUCUCGGUGUCGCGGGAGCACCUGGAGAACGACGAGGAGAUGGAUUUGAGCAUCGUCUUCACAGCGUUUAGGCAUUGUUCACAAGUCCUGAAGCGAGACACGAGUUACAGGCCGUGUAGCGAGAAACGGCGCGAGUAUUGCAUUUAUUCCGGGUUUUUCAUGGACAGUUUCGUCAAUUGUCCGUUUCCGGACUGCGAGGAUGAGCAAGGCUGCUCACAAACGCCAAUCGAAGUGGUCAAUGUUUACUAUGGCAAUAAAGUCCUGAUCGGGGCUGUGUCUUCCGUCUUUGUGGUGUUUGCGCUUUUCAUCCUAUGCCUGUGGAUCUGCAAGUCGUACAAAAUUUUUUGCUGGUCGCAAAGUUUCGCAAAUCCCGCUUCUUCCUCCCAAAAUCCGAGCGAUGCACCUAGGGUAAUAGAAUUGAAUGAGCAGACGGGGUCUAGGGCUUCGGCCCCUCCGCCGAAUGCGUCUAGUGCCAAUCAAAUCGAAGCAGAUAAGGAUUUGCCACCGUCGUAUGAAAGUCUUUUUCCCUCGAGGUAGUAGUACAAGAAACUGGGAGGGGGUACAUUCCACUUAGAUUGCUACGAAAGUGAAUUGUUAUCGAUUUGUGUAAAAAGACAAUUUUGUACAAUUUAUUUACUAAUACUAACGCAUGUCAGUAUUAAAAUACAAGUCUACUUGCCAAAUACUGAAUUUUUAUAUACUAGAAUGUUUUUAUAACUAUUAUGAAUUUCUAUUUAUAUUUUUUAUCAAGUUGUGAAACAAUAAACGAUUAUGUAAUA